AUGGCCUCUGCAGCUGUUCAGCUUCCCGCCUCCCAGGGCCCCUUGUUAGCAGAAAAGCCCGGAGUUCCAGUCCCAGAAAACCCACACCAUGUACAGACUACACUCAACUUUCUUAAAGAGAAGGAGGAUGGAUCUCCUCCAGACCCCACCUAUGCUGGAAGACCAGAGACCUACGAUCGACCUGUUACUUCCCUACCCGCCACCAUCCAUGAUAUCAGUGGCCAUGAGCUUGACUAUACACUAGAUAGCCAUGGAUUCCAGCUUUACUAUCACGAAAGCAAGGAAAAGGAUUUCCAAGAUGACGAUAAGAUCAAGAGAGAAUAUUAUCCAGAGACAGAGCAGUUGCUGAAAGACGCUACGGGUGCCUCUCGUAUCUUCAUCUUUGAUCAUACCAUCCGCCGAGCCCCAGCCGACGGUUCCACUGGUCCCCAGCUCCGUGGACCAGUUCAACGGGUCCAUAUUGAUCAGUCGUACGAUGCGGCCAAGAGCAGAGUUCCCUAUCACCUCCCAGAAGAUGGCCCCGAGCUCCUCAAAGGAAGAUACCAGAUUAUCAACGUUUGGCGUCCAAUCAAGACUAUCCUAAAAGACCCCCUGGCCGUGGCAGAUGCACACUCGGUCCCGGACAGCGAUCUUGUACCCGUCAAGCUCAUAUACCCCAACCGCGAAGGCGAGACAUAUUCUGUGAAAGCGGAUCCCAACAUCAAGUGGUAUUACCGAUACGGACAAACACCGGAUUUAGUGACACUUAUCAAAUGCUUCGAUUCCAAGACCGAUGGCAGGGCUCGUCGUGUCCCCCAUACAGCCUUUGUCAACCCCGAGACGGAAAAUGAGGCUGGAAGAGAAAGUAUUGAAGUUCGGGCGUUGGUUUUCCAUCCCGAUGAUCGUGACUAA